GGAGUAAGGAGCCAGUGUGCUGUAAGAGGUAACCUGGCGAGUGGCAGCGGCUCUUCUCCCGUGCUGGGGCUCACGCUUUGGUACUGGAGGCCGAGACUGUUCUGGCGACCGCGACCUCUGCGGCGACGGCUGAGGCUCUCGGAGGAGCAGAGGAGUACAACCUGGAGGAAGGGCUUCUGGUCAGCCCAGGUUCUGUCAUAAUGAAUGGAUCCAGUGUAGCAAAUACAUCACCUAAUGUGAAAUCCAAAGAGGAUCAGGGAUUAAAUGGGCACGAUGAGAAGGAAAACCCAUUUGCAGAGUACAUGUGGAUGGAGAACGAAGAAGAUUUCAACAGACAGGUGGAGGAGGAACUGCAGGAGCAAGACUUCUUAGACCGCUGCUUCCAGGAGAUGCUGGAUGAAGAAGACCAAGAGUGGUUCAUUCCCUCACGGGACCUGCCUCAGGCCAUGGGACAGUUGCAGCAGCAGUUAAAUGGACUGUCCGUCGGCGAUGGUCAUGAUUCUGAAGAUAUUUUGAGCAAAAGUAAUCUGAACCCGGAUGCCAAGGAAUUUAUUCCAGGAGUGAAGUACUGAGCUGACAGAAAGCUUUGAGGAGAACUUGUAUGUCCCCAUACCUUGGAAUAGCGCUGCACAAAGAGGCAGAGCGGAAGAAGGGGGUGGGGCGGGCGAGGGUGCACAGUGGGAAAGGGGGAUAGUGGUUUAACUUGACACUGUGACUGGAGUAACUAAUGUGCUCAGUCUUACUCUACAAGCCUCUGAGUAUUUCUCUUUUGUUCUACUGACUUUGGUUUGGAGCAGUUUCCUAUCGUUAUUAUUAUUAGCUUUUUGAGUUAAGGAAAUCGCAGUCUUUUUUUCCCCUUCAUCAGGAAUGUUCUGCUGUGUGUGUUUAAACAAAAUAAGCUGACCAAGAAAAUCUGGGUGUUUAAGAAUGCCCUUCUCAUCCUACUGUACACUUACUGAGUGAGGGCAAUGUUCAUUGCCUGGAGAAUUACUUACUGAGUCUGCUAAGCUGGAUGAGAAGAGGGACGAGUGGAAGAAGGAGGUGUUGCAAAUUAGGGUUCGCAGCCCAGCUCCCUUGACCCCGAGGCCUUUCCUGUGAUGAAGCAGAUUACCGUGGCCUGCCAAGCCAGCGUGUCCUUGCCUGGAACCCCGUUCAAGAAAACCCAGACUCCAAGGACUGGUUUCUGGUAACUCUUCUGACAGUUCAUGAAAGUUACAAACCAGCAGUGGUGGGCUGUGACAGUGAUUGCCAUUGGGGUCACUCUGUCACUGCUGGCCUGUUCUUAAGUCUCUGCUUACAGCCACCAUCAAAGUCAUUAUUCAUUGUUUGUGAGGUCAAAGAGCUCUAGGGUGGGUUUGUCACUUUAUCCCUCAUGGCAUCUAGUCCCCUGUCUCCUUUCCAUACCAACCCUGUUCUGUUUUUGAGAAGAGAUAUUGUUACCAAAGGGGAAGGAGAGGCAUGCUGUGCUGGCCAUCAGCUUUACUCUGGAGUAGCCAACCCUGAAUCCUAUUAAUUGUGUCUUAAGAGUAUUUUGGCAAUUUUUUGCCAGCCCCAUGAAGACUUGGUCCUCCUGGUAUCUUCCCUUAGUAAAUUAUUCCCCGUAAUUUUUCCCAAGUAAACAUAUUUUUCAGGACACCAGCAAGAAGCUCAGUUUAUAACUUGGGUGCUUUUCCCCACCUUACAGAUUUAUACAAAAGAACUCAAAAAAAGCCUGGGAGAUCCUGCUUGACCCAUGUGACCAUGUGACCCACUGGGACAGUUUCAGUAAUUAUAAAAUUUUGCUGUUGCCAUAUACCCAGCUUUACGGCUUUUUGGGUAUGAGCUCUUCGGGUAUAUUCCUUUUGUUUUUCCUGACUGUAAAUCAGCUGAUACUCAUAAGGGAUUAAACUGGGCACCAGAAGUUGCCUUUGUGUGAUAAGAAUGUCUGUGGCAGUGUCAGGUCUAAAGGAGACCAUGUGGAGUCCUUGCCGUCCUCCUAGGAUGGGGGUUUGCAGAGGCCUGAGGGGGACAGUGGCUUCUGUAUGACUGCUGCUGUUUUGUGUCAGGCUAUCGGGAAAAGACCACGUAAUGAAAUAAAGUCUGCGUAAAUUCAGUAUGUGGAUAUGGGACAGAGGUUGGAAGGAAAGGACCGGUGUCUAGAAAGCUUGGGAAUUUCUCCCUUUUCUUAGGUACUCUCUUGUUGACUUUUUGAAUAGCCAUAGGCUAAUGUCAGAUUUAAAAUAUGAACCCACAUCUUUUUCUCAUUAUAAGUCUAUAAGAUGGCAUCGUUUAAAGAAUGACCUUCCCCGUUAGGACACAUGUCAGAGGAGAGUAGCUUAAGGAGCUCCUAUUGCCAGGUGUGCACAUUAAAUCCCAAAGCCUCUACCUCAAGAGAGUGGAACAUUUAACUCGUUUCCAGGGAGGGCUAUGAAUAAAGAAACUAGCUUAUCGCACCUUCCGCUUUCUUAAAGAUUUACUUAUUUAUUUAUUUGACAAAGAUACAGCGAGAGAGGGAACACAAGCAAGGGGAGUGGAAGAGGGAGAAGCAGGCUUCCCGCAGAGCGGGGAGCCCAGUGCGGGGCUCAGUCUCAGAGCUCUGGGAUCAUGACCUGAGCCGAAGGCAGACGCUUAACCAGCUAAGCCACCCAGGCACAGCUUCAGCUUUCAACUGCGGUCAUCACCUUUAAUGGGGAGAGAGCCUUGGAAGUGCAGGAAUAAAGAGGUCUGUCUGUCCCAGGGGCUCCGUUUCCUCCUCCUGUUAGCUUGUCCGAGCUCAGAGUCCUGAAGGUUACGCAGGGAAUAUAUUGAGACUGCAGAAAGAGCCAUUUUCUAGAGCGUGGGCAUCUCUGUCAGAAAGAUACAAAUGAUUCUAGUGUGGCUCCCAGUCUGCAGAGCCCUAAAGGGAUCCAGAUGGAGCCGUUUCUUCAUCUUGAAGAAGGCUUGCUCUCCUGACCAGGAUCGGCUGAGAUGUUGGGUGCAGUGCAAAGGGCUUGUCUGUCUGCUUUGGGGUUCCAUUUUGGAUAUCAGUCUGGGAUUUCACCAGGCUGAUUUAGUCUGGAGUAAGAGAGCUUCCUGCCAGAUGAGCAGCGGAACCUGAAGGCUGGACUUUCCAGUCCCAUUCAGACCCGAGAGUCUGCUGGCUCAAGGAGCAGGAAGCAGCUAGCAGCAUGACUCUUUUCUUUUUUUUUUUUUUAAAGAUUUUAUUUAUUUAUUUGACAGAGAGAUCACAAGCAGGCAGAGAGGCAGGCAGAGAGAGGAGGAAGCAAGCUCCCCGCUGAGCAGAGAGCCCAAUGCGGGGCUCGAUCUCAGGACUCUGAGAUCAUGACCUGAGCCGAAGGCAGCGGCUUAACCCACUGAGCCACCCAGGCGCCCCAGCAUGACUCUUUUCUUAGCCAUUCGGCUUGCGCUGCAGACAGUUUCUCUCCGUAGCCCAGCUGUUUUCUCCAUCCUUUGUGUGUUGUGAAGCAGGAGCACAGUUGUUACCCAGAUCAUAGGCUCAGCUAGAGAGUUUGCCAGCUCCUCAUUAGAAAAAGCGGGGAGGUCUCCUUGGAUCUUCGCUGGGGAAAGACUGGGGGCCCCUGUCUCCGACCUUUCCUCGUAGGAACCCAAUUUGGGUGCGUGCCCUCUGGGCACCUUGACCCCUUAAGGGCGAGACAGGUAUUUAUAAGUGGUUAUUUUGAUGUUGAAUUUAAGCCACCACUCUGUUUAAACUUGUUCUGUUGGCAAACUGUAAGUUUGAGAAUGUGUAUAGCAAUAGCGUGUGUGUUCUCUGUAAGUGCCAGUUCUGGCUGGGCCCAGGGUAGAGUUUCUCAGUGACUGGUUUCUGAGUUUUGUGAUUGUUGGACUCUAAAACUUCAAGAUGAAAAUUAUUUUAUCUCUUGCUCUUCAAGAGAAAAAAAAAAAAAAAAGUCAAGGAAAGGCCUUUUCAGCUUCUCCAGGUCUUUGAACCACAGGAGAAAACUUGACAGCUACAGCCCAGGCCUGAGCACCUGCAGCUGUGGGGCCCUAAGCAUUUUUGACCGCAGCUGUGGACUUUUGGGGUCACGUGUGGUCAAACCAAGACAGAUUGUUAAGGGAGAGGCAGGACUUCAGUUUUCAAAGUCAAAACAGCUGGAGUCUCUUUAAUUAAGGUUAUAACACUAUGGCUUAAAAAAUGUUUUUAGGGAAAUACUAAGCUGGAUUUUUUUAAUUGUGUGUUGUCCUACCGUCAGUUUUGUCUUGAUUUUGGGGAAGCUAGGGAGUAAGGAGGUCAUUACAAUACUCUGGCAAUUCUAGAUGUCAGAGAGGAAAGUUGUACGAAGGAGCUGAAGGAAACUGUUGACUGAAUCCUCUUGUGUUAGUGCUGUUGCAGACCCCACGUAGAAACCUCGGGUGCCCAGGAAUCGACCCUGCUGUGAUUGGAGAGGAGAGUUGAUCUUCAAUAAGGGUCCCAGUAUCACAGGUUAAUAAUGGUUCUUGGUUUAUGCAACGUUUAGGUAUGGGAAAGAGCAGACACCUCACAAAUUCGACCAAGAAUUGGGCAUGGCCACCUGUUGGGGAAGACUCUGUACCCCCAGCCCCUCUCUCCCCUGGGAUAAUGCAUUCAUUUGGAAAUGAGUGGUGAGAUUGACCCGGUCCUGUGGGCAUCAGGAAACUCUAAGUUAUUUACUAGAAAAUAGUACAGUGUUUUCACCAUGUAACUUGAUGCUAAGUGAUAAUCCCGCCCUAUUGAUCGAGCCUUCAGAAAUGUUCAAUGCUUGAUGUGUGGUUUGGGAAGCAGGGAAUUUUUUUUUUUUAACAACUUUAUUGAGGCAUAUUUUACAUAUAAAAUUCACCCAUUUCAACUGUACAUUUCAGUUAUUUUAGUAAGUUUCCUGAGUGGUAAGGCCAUAACCAUACUCAGUUUUAGACAUUUUCCAUCCCACGCCAUGAGAUCCUUCGUGUCCAUUUACAUGAUAAUCCCUGCUCCCAGCUCUGGGCAACCACUUAUCUUUCUGUCUCUACAAAUUUCCCUUUUCUGGGCAUCAUAUCAGUGCAAUCCCACAAACUGUGGUCUCUUUUGGCUGGCUUUUCCCCUUAGCAUAUUUCUGAGUUUCAUCCCUGAGCUGUAACUUGUGUUGAUAGUUUAUUCUUUUAGAGCACUCAGUAGUAUUCCACUGAUGGACAGGCUACAUUUUGUCAGCAGGGAAUCUUGUAAACUUGGACUUCGGCCCCCUGUGGUCUAAAUAGAACCCUCAGAACAGGGGACUCCUGGGCGAGCUGCUGCGAGUGUCCCAGGAACGACUCCUCAGAACCAGCUGCAUCAUCAGAGGCUCUGUGCAAGGAGCCAAAACUGCUGCAGAAAUUUUUAUCAUUUUGCAACUUUUUUAUAAGGAAUUCUUGUGCUGUCUACACAACAGGAUUUUUGAAGCAUCUGGUAAUUUAAUGAGUCUGUUUUGAGUGGACACAAAAGUGAAGCCAUCCAUACCCUGUUGGCUAUUUUACCGUCCAGGACUAGAUGGAGGGGAAUCACUGAACUUCUGGAUACAGUAUUGUCUCCAUUACAAAGUUGAACACGUAUUAAAGAUUGUGCUGCCUUUGUUGGAUGGAUUUGGAGAGAAGGACGAUGGCCAGCAGAGAAGGUCGAGAGGAGAAAGGGAAUAGAGCCUGUGAGAAGCCCCCGAGGGCAUGUGUGUGGCUUGCCCAGCUGCCAGCGCAGAUGGUGGCCCCCAGCAGCUUCGUGCCUCCAGUGGGCCUACGUCUUGACUUUCAACUUUGAUCCCUGUUUCACAAGUGUUUAACAGCUGUUUUUGUUCCUUUUUUCUCCUCUAAAUACACAUGAUGUGGUAGUUAUUAAUAUGUCUUUGUGGGAGGGGCAGGGCUUUACAAUCGAAGAAAAUGAUUUUCAUAAAAAUAGCAAAAAUGGGGGAAAAGUUACUUUUUAAAAAUUUUGCUAUAUAAACCAAAUGGCAGCUGUGGAAAAAAGUCUCAAUAAAAUGAGAAUAAAAUGCA